AUGGCGUCACCUUCGGAACUGAACAUCAACACUACACUAGGCGCAGUCCUCAUAGGAUUCGCCGUAGCUUGCUGUGUCUACGGAAUCCUCUUCGCGCAAGUUUUCAGCUAUUUCUCGAGAUUUCCCUUUGAUCGGCCGGUUUACAAAGGGCUGGUUUUGCUCAUUUUACUCCUUGAAACUACCGAUCAAGCUUUUAUCGGACACGUAGUGUAUCACUAUACUAUCUCGAAUUUCGCGAAUGUGUUGGCUUUGGCGCAGGGAACCGUGACUUGGUCAUUCAUUCUGCAGCAAACUAUUGGAGCCGUCGUGGGCUGCAUGAUCCUUCGCGUUGCGAGUGUGGAGAUUGAACACAAUAAGUUUAUCACCGGCAUCAUCUUAUUAUUAACGUAUGGCCAGCUGGGCCUGGCCAUUGCGUUCACCUUGAAAGCGUUUCAAUUGACUGGGGUCUUCGAGGUUAUCGAUCUUCGGGCUCUGGGAUCCACCUCUCUGGGCGUUGGGGUUCUAACUGAUGUGGUUACCGCCGCAUCACUGUGCUAUUUCCUGAACAAACUGAGAACUGGAUACCACAAAUCGGAUUCAUUGGUCAAUAGCCUUGUCCUAUAUGCAAUCAAUACCGGCGCUUUAACUAGUGCCGUCAGUUUGUCGACCGUGAUUUUUUAUAACAUCAUGCGCGCCAAUUUAGUUUUUGUCGCGAGUUUCUUCAUCCUGAGCAAACUUUACGCUAUAUCCUUCAUGGCAACGCUAAACACCCGGCGUAUCGUGCGAGGCAAAGGGACUGAUAAGCAGGGAACGACCACCAACAACACAAAUUUGUUUCAUCUUGGUACACGGAUGCCAAGCAUGGGCCACAUAGACGUGGAUCAAUGGGAUAAUAGCCCUGUCAGUCCAACUUCUAAGGAUCCGAGUAACGAGUUCCCGUUCGAUUCUUACUAUUAUCCUCAAAAGGCCGUCUCUAAUGGCGUAGCAGUGUAA